AUGGCGGUGGUGGUGGCCAUGGCGCUCGUCGCGGGGACAGCCCCCGGGAAUCUUCGCCUUAGCCUCAAUCAUGGCGCGGGAGUGGCCUCAUCACCUUCUUGGAAGCUUUACCACAACCCUCACUACUCCUCCUCCUCACCGCGCGGCGAGAUCUCCUCCUCCACCCCGUCUCGCAGUACACCCCACUCUCGCCGAAAGGAUCGAACAUCUAUGAUCGUUGCGGAUUUCGAGGACGGCGACGGCAUGGAGCGGCGGCUGGGGAGCGGGCACGGCAUCGGCGGCGGCGGCGUGGCGUCGGUGUCGGAGCUCGUGGCGCGGGUCGAGGAGCUCGGCGCGGAGCUCGAGUUCGAGCGGCGCAUGCGGCGCAAGGUGGAGGCGCUCAACGACGCGCUGGCCGCCGAGCUCGCGGAGGAGCGGCGCCGGACCGAGGCGGAGCGCGCGAGGUUGCGGGAGGAGCUGGACGAGGAGCGCCGGAUGCUGCGCGUCGCGGAGCUGUGGCGGGAGGAGCGGGUGCGGAUGAAGCUCGCCGACGCCCGGGACGCCUUCGUGGAGAAGCUGCGGGAGGUGGCCGCCGACGCCGGGCACCGCGCUGCGGAUGCCAAUGCUGGAAACUGCGGCUGCUGCAGGAGCAGCGGCGUCGGCAGCCCGAUCGGCGGCAAGGCGAGCCCGGCGAGCGGCCAGCGGAGCCCUGCGGGUGGUCAGCACGGCCAGCAGAGUCCGACGCGCGGCCAGUCGCACCGGCGGGAAGGUGCCGGCGGCGAGAACCCGCACAUCAGGAGGGGGAUCAAGGGGUCCGUGGAGUUCCCAAGGGCCGUCCGGGUGCGCCCGCGCGGCGAGGACCGGGUGGAUCUGGCGUCCAACCUCGAGUGCCAGCGCGCGCAGCUGCGCGUCCUCAUGCGGCACCGGAGCCCGGCCACCGACGCCAUGGGCCUCGUCGACGCCGCGCCGGAUAGUCUGGUCGUGUAA